AUGGUCAGCCUAGGAUUCCAUUGUAAGGGAGACCUCGUCGAUGACCAUAAAGGUCUGCGACAUACCACUAGUGGCGAGUGGAUAUCAAGGUCUAUUGUACCCAUAGUGAUCGAUGUGGCCCCGUUGAAGCCGCUGCAAGAUGUUAGUCGCACUGCCUUCUUCCACGUGGACUUGCUUAACCACAACUCGUUCAAUCCGGAUACAGAUGCUGAGGGUGUCAUUAUGUGGCAAAUGAAGCAUGAUCAAAUCUUUCUUCUAAAAUUUGAUGAUAGGAGUGUCCUCAAUGGUUGGGUCACUAGUUGUGACUUAGGAGACAAAAGUCGCCUGCUUGAUCUUUCUCUUCCACUCCCUAGGGGUCAGCUUAGACUCCUAGGAGUUGACUGGGAUCGUGUUGAUUCGUAUGACUUGUUGGGGAGGUUCCUUGGCAGCUGCAUCACGAUCCUCGAUCUGCUAGAUGGUCUUCUUUGCAAUGAAUUCUGUGCAAUAGCCGUCUCUAACCAACUCUUCAAGAUGCCUUUUCCAGGCGAAGCAGCUGUUCGUGUAAUAACUUCUUCGUGGAAUGUGCAAUAUUUAUUAGGGUCCUUCUUAGCCGGGUCUCCCUUCUAA